AAUAAUUUCUCUAAUUAUGGGCACGAGUUUUUUCCAGUUCAGAGUAAAUAUAUGUGUACAGUGUAAGCAUUUUAUUUCCCUCUUAAUUCGAGCAAUCUUGAUUCUGCAGCAAAGGAAGAGGGAGUGGAAGCUUUCAUCUUGAAAUAAACUACCCUCGUUAUCGUUUGAUUUAAAAAGUUGGACUUUCUGUUAUUGUUUUAGGCUCAUCGUUGAAGCAUACUGGCAAAUACAGCCACGUUGAAUUUGAGUUUGCAGUUUCAAAUCAAAACCAGCUGUGCCAUUGAGCUAAGAAUAUUUUAAAAAAGGCUUUAAGAUAAAUGGUACCUAUCGUUAUAUUGCUAUUAUGUUUGCAUGCAUAAUCGUCAAGUCUGUUUUGGAUUCCAAUUCAAGGGAGGUCGUAAAAAAUGGGAAUAUUAAUUAGUGGGUAUCACCUUUGGGCUAUUCUCCACCGUAUGCUCCUAUUCCUAUCCGCAUCUGAUUCUUCGCAGGCUCUUACAACUAUAAAUUUGAUAGACUCGGCAAAUUUGACUUGAUCCCGAAAGAUGGCGAAGGAGCAGACCAAUUACAAGUUCGAGCUGGAUGGAGGCCUAAAAAUGCAAGUGCAGAUUAAGAAGGGGUCCCCAACUUGCAUAGAGUUACAAGCCACAAAUGCCACUACAUCCCUACUUCUUCACUGGGGAGUUCUUCUUUCCACUGACAAGAAUUGGGUUAUUCCAUCUCAUUGGCCUACAGGAACGAGAACUUAUAAACAGAAAGCGCUGCAGACUCCUUUUAAAAGGUCUGGGGAAUGCCACUCCUUGACAAUUGAAAUCCGGGAUCCCAAAAUAUGUGCUAUUGAAUUUCUCUUGAAAGAUGAAGCUAGGGACAAAUGGUUUAAAUUGAAUGGUCAGAACGUCCACAUUGACAUACCAAGAGAUGCGACAAAUGUUUCUGAUGUCUCUAUACCUGAAGAUCUUGUACAACUGAAGGCUUAUAUACAAUGGGAAUCUAAAGGAAAGAAAAAUUAUACCCCAGAACAAGAAAAGCAAGAAUACGAAGAAGCUAGAAAAGCAGUACAAGCAGAGUUAGUGAAAGGCAUUUCUGUGGCUGACAUUCGCAAGAAGUUACAGUUAGGAGGCACUCAAAUGAAAUGUGAUAGUAGACAAGAGAAGAUGCAGACCUUCCAGCACAUUCCCCGCAAGAAGAGGGACACAUCAUACUUACUGAAUAAGUAUUCUGAUAAAGCAACUGAAUCCAAGAUUUCUGCAAUGUCUAUAAAGGACAAUACAUCACAUUUGGAUGCAUAUGCCAUGGAAGGGCUCGAUGGUAGAACUAUUCUUCAAAAAACAACCUUCAAACUUGGGGAUAAACAGCUACUGGUACAUUUAGUAAAUAAUGGGGACGAGACUUCUGCAAGGCUUGUAACAGAUAGCAGAGAGCCUUUUAUACUUCAUUGGGGAUUAUCAAAGAAUUCAGCUCAAGAAUGGCUGGUGCCUUCAGUGAAUUUUAGACCAAAAGGGUCAAGCAUGGUGGAUGGAGCCUGCGAGACACCAUUUGAAAGGGCAUAUGCUGGAAGUGCAUCUUUUCAGUUCCUGGAACUCAAACUUGGGAAGAGCGAUUUUAUUGGAAUAUCGUUUGUUCUUCGGUCUAAUGGUCAAUGGAUUAAAAAUAAUGGUUCAGACUUCUACAUAAGCCUGAAAGCUGCAGAUAGAAAACAUGCAAAGAGCAUAGGUGAUGGCAAAGGUACCACCAAAUGGUUGUUAGAUGCAAUAGCUGAAAAGGAGAAGGAUGCAGAGAGAUCACUUAUGCAUAGGUUCAAUAUUGCAACAGAGUUGACAGAAAGAGCUAGAUGUGAAGGAAAGCUUGGCCUGGCUGGCAUACUUGUUUGGAUGAGAUUCAUGGCAACCAGACAACUUACAUGGAACAAGAACUACAAUGUGAAACCACGUGAGAUCAGCGCGGCACAAGACAAGCUUACAAAUUUGUUACAAAGAAUUUUUCAAGAUCAACCAGAAAAUCGAGAAUUUGUGCGACUCAUUAUGUCAACAGUUGGUCGUGGAGGUGAAGGUGAUGUUGGGCAACGCAUUCGAGAUGAAAUCUUGGUGAUACAGCGAAAUAAUGACUGUAAGGGAGGCAUGAUGGAAGAAUGGCACCAAAAACUGCAUAAUAACACAAGUCCUGAUGAUGUAAUUAUUUGCCAGGCUCUUCUUGAUUAUAUCAAAAGCGGCUUCAACAGAGAUAUAUAUUGGAAAACAUUGAACAAAAAUGGUGUGACAAAAGAGAGACUUGCUAGCUAUGAUCGCCCAAUUGUGUCUGAGCCAUGUCUAAGGAGUGAUCAGAAGGAAGGCCUUAUCCGUGACUUGACUGCAUAUUUGAGAACAUUGAAGGCUGUCCACUCUGGAGCAGACCUUGAUUCUGCCAUUGCAACAUGCAUGGGUUAUAAGGCACAGGGUCAUGAUUUUAUGGGUGGAUUACAAGUUCAACCUGUCAGUGGUUUGUCACCUGAAUUGCCUGGACUACUAAAAUGUGUUCUAGAGCAUGUUGAAGACAAUAAGGUGGUUGUGCUCCUUGAGGCACUUGUAGAGUCAAGGUUGGAACUUCGUCCUUCUCUACUUAGAUCACAUGAAAGGCUUAGGGAUCUUAUUUUCUUGGAUCUUGCCCUUGACUCAACAGUUAGAACUGCUAUGGAAAGAGGAUAUGCAGAACUAAACAAUGUUUUCCCAUUGGAUAUUGUUUAUUUUAUAGUUUUGGUGCUUGAAAAUUUAUCAUUAUCGUCAGAUGAUAAUGAGGAGUUUAUUUAUUGCCUAAAGGAUUGGUACCGUACACAUGAUAUGUGCAAAACAAAUACUGAUCAGUGGGCAUUGUAUGCAAAAGCUGUGCUUGACCGAACUCGACUUGCACUGACUGACAAAGCUGAACACUACCAGGAACUGUUGCAGCCAAGUGCAGAGUACCUUGGCACUUUGCUUGGAGUACAGCAGUGGGCAAUCAAUAUUUUCACAGAAGAAAUAAUACGGGCUGGCUCUGCUGCCUCACUUUCAUUGCUUCUAAAUCGUCUUGAUCCAGUUCUUCGGAAUAUUGCCAACCUUGGAUGCUGGCAGAUAAUCAGUCCAGUUGAAGUGUGUGGGUAUAUUGCAACUGUAGAUGAGUUACUCAAGGUUCAAAAUAAGGUUUACAAUCGUCCAACAAUCUUAGUAGCAAGAAGAGUAAAAGGUGAAGAAGAAAUCCCAGAUGGUGUAGUUGCUGUACUGACGACUGACAUGCCAGAUGUUUUAUCCCACGUUUCAGUGAGAGCAAGAAACUGCAAGGUAUGUUUUGCAACAUGUUUUGAUCAAAAUAUUCUCAAUGAAUUACAAGCAAAAGAAGGAAAGCCUUUUUUGAUAAGACCCACUUCGUCAAACCUGAUUUAUACUGAAAUCAAGGGCACUGAUAUUCUCAGUGCUCCCGAGAUGAUGUUCUCUCAAAGUGGGAUGUCUCCGAGAAUCACCUUAAAGAAGAAAUGCUUUGGUGGAGCAUAUGCAAUAUCAGCUGAUGAAUUUAGUAGUGAACUGGUUGGUUCAAAAUCUUGUAAUAUUGCUUACUUAAGAGGGAAGCUACCUUUGUGGGUUAAUGUUCCUGUGUCAGUUGCUCUACCAUUUGGAGUGUUUGAGAAGGUCCUAUCAGAGAACAUGAAUAAGGAUGUUGCUGAUAAAAUAACAGCUUUGAAGAAUCUUGUAGCUAAAGGAGACUUGAGCAAACUUUGUGAUAUUCGACAAACUGUUUUACAGCUCAAAGCACCUCUUCAUUUGAUGAAUGGACUGAAAACCAAGAUGCAAGGUUCAAAAAUGCCAUGGCCAGGUAAUGAGGGUGAACAACGAUGGCAAAAAGCGUGGAUGGCAAUAAAGAAGGUUUGGGCUUCAAAGUGGAAUGAAAGAGCAUACAUUAGCACUAAAAAAACAAAAGUAGAUCAUGAUGAUCUAUGUAUGGCUGUUUUGAUUCAAGAAAUAAUCAGUGCAGAUUAUGCAUUUGUCAUUCAUACAACUAAUCCAUUAUCAGGCAAUAAAUCAGAGAUUUAUGCCGAGAUCGUGAAAGGUUUGGGAGAAACACUAGUAGGUGCUUACCCUGGUCGAGCCAUGAGUUUUGUUACAAACAAAUCUUCCUUAAAAUCCCCCAAGGUAGUUGGGUAUCCCAGUAAGCAGGUGGGUCUUUUCAUAAAACGGUCAAUCAUAUUCCGAUCAGACUCAAAUGGUGAAGAUCUAGAAGGCUAUGCGGCUGCUGGCCUUUAUGACAGUGUGCCAAUGGACCAAGAGGAGAAGCUUGUGAUUGAUUAUUCUGUAGACAGAUUAAUAAUGGAUCAGAGCUUCCAGAAGUCAAUUCUGUCAAAGAUAGCAGAAGCUGGAAAUGCAAUUGAACAGCUCUACAAAUGUGCUCAAGACAUUGAAGGCGUAAUUAAAAAUGGUGAAUUAUAUGUUGUUCAGACAAGACCCCAGAUGUAAACAACUUACAAAUGUUUAGAUAUUUCAAAUAUUAUUAUUACUUAAUAAUUACAUAAGGGAUCUAUAAUUAUCUAUUU